CAGGAGGAGCAGCGUCACAUGAAGAUCAUCGAUGAGACCAUGGCCCAGCUGCAGGACCUGAAGAACCAGCACCUGGCCAAGAAAUCAGAGGUCAACGACAAGAACCACGAGAUGGAGGAGAUCCGCAAGAAGCUGGGCGGGGCCAACAAGGAAAUGACCCACCUGCAGAAGGAGGUGACGGCCAUCGAGACGAAGCUGGAGCAGAAGCGCAGCGACCGCCACAACCUGCUGCAGGCCUGCAAGAUGCAGGACAUCAAACUGCCCCUCGCCAAGGGCAGCAUGGACGACAUCAGCCAGGAGGAGGGCGGGGCGCACGGCGAGGAGCCCGUCAGCAGCUCCCAGCGCACCUCCAACAUGUACGCCCGGGAGGCCCUGAUCGAGAUCGACUACAGCGACCUGUCCGAGGACCUCAAGGACGCCCAGGCGGAGGACGAGAUCAAGCAGGAGAUGAACCAGCUGCAGCAGAAGCUGAAUGAACAGCAGAGCGUCCUGCAGCGCAUCGCCGCCCCCAACAUGAAGGCCAUGGAGAAGCUGGAGAGUGUCCGGGACAAGUUCCAGGAGACCUCCGAUGAGUUUGAGGCCGCCCGGAAGCGCGCCAAGAAGGCCAAGCAGGCGUUUGAGCAGAUCAAGAAGGAGCGAUUUGACCGGUUCAACGCCUGCUUCGAGUCCGUGGCCACGAACAUAGACGAGAUCUACAAGGCUCUGUCGCGGAACAGCAGCGCCCAAGCGUUCCUGGGCCCGGAGAACCCCGAAGAGCCGUACCUGGAUGGAAUUAAUUACAACUGUGUGGCCCCUGGCAAGCGGUUCCGGCCCAUGGACAACCUGUCCGGAGGGGAGAAAACUGUAGCAGCCUUGGCCCUUCUGUUUGCUAUCCACAGCUACAAACCUGCCCCCUUCUUUGUGCUGGACGAAAUCGACGCUGCGCUGGACAACACCAAUAUCGGGAAGGUGGCCAACUACAUCAAAGAGCAGUCCACCUGCAACUUCCAGGCCAUUGUCAUCUCGCUGAAGGAGGAAUUCUACACCAAGGCCGAGAGCCUGAUUGGGGUCUACCCUGAGCAAGGGGACUGCGUGAUCAGCAAAGUGCUGACCUUUGACCUCACCAAGUACCCCGACGCCAACCCGAACCCCAACGAGCAAUAAGCCGGCUGGAUGCUGCCACGGGGGGGUGGGGGGUGGGGGGAUGUGAUGGGUUAACCCCCCCCCCCAUUUAUUUUUAACCAUUUCAUUGCCUCUGCCAAUGCCCCUGUCCCCCCGGACUGCUAUUAACCCCCCGUCUCUAGGGUGGGGGCCACCUGACUCCACAUCACUGGGGGGAGCGGUUUUAUCCCCGGGGGGGCCUCAAUUCCCUCCACCCCCUCCGAUGCUAUUUUUAGAAUCGUGCUAUUUAACUUGCUUUUUAAAACCAGCCCCUGGGGGAUCAGCCUGGGAGGGCUGGAAUUAGGGGGCAGUUGGGGGGCGGGAAGGGGGGGGGGUCACCAGGCUGCUGCUUUUCGAGUCGUGUGUGUGUGUGUGUGUGUGUGUGUGUGUGUGUGUGUCAAAUGUGUCUUUUUGCAACAAAAUAAACCAGAUUUUCCCUUC